AGCUUCGACAGUUGCCUCCUUCUUCCACAUUGCCACCCUCACCUUUGUCGCACCCAGAGUUGCUCAUAUCUUCAUACUCGUAGCCCUCGCGGUUAACUUCUACUGCAAACAGGCUUAAAACGUAUGAGGGGUGGACCCUCGACUCGCCAUCCACCGCAUCGAUGGCGGUAAAUAAGAUACGUGGGGCCUUCGCGGCGCCCAAGAAGGGAGAGACAUUCGAGCUCAGGGCUGGCCUGGUGUCGCAGUACGCCUGGGAACGAAAAGAGUCUAUUCAAAAGACGAUUAUGUCUAUGACGCUUGGAAAGGAUGUGUCCGCUUUAUUCCCAGAUGUGUUGAAGAAUAUCGCAACGCCAGACCUGGACCAGAAGAAGCUUGUCUACCUGUAUUUAAUGAAUUACGCAAAGUCGCAUCCGGAUCUAUGCAUUCUCGCCGUCAAUACCUUUGUUCAAGAUUCGGAGGACCCGAACCCCCUGGUGCGAGCUCUUGCCAUACGGACAAUGGGAUGCAUUCGGGUGGAUAAGAUGGUGGAUUAUAUGGAGGAGCCGCUACGAAAGACUCUCCGGGAUGAGUCCCCAUACGUGCGGAAAACAGCUGCGAUAUGUGUUGCCAAGUUGUUCGACCUAAAUCCAACCAUGUGCAUCGAGAACGGCUUUCUGGAGAGGCUACAAGAGUUGAUUGGCGAUCCCAACCCCAUGGUUGUCGCCAACUCUGUCACGGCUUUAGUUGAGAUAAAUGAGGCUGCGCCCGAGACAAAGGCAUUGAGGAUUACUUCUGUCACACUGAAGAAGAUGAUCAUGGCCCUUACGGAAUGCACUGAAUGGGGUCGGGUUACGAUCUUGACGACUCUUGCCGACUACAAAGCAGCUGAUGUUAAGGAAUCUGAGCAUAUAUGCGAAAGGGUAUCGCCACAAUUCCAGCAUGUCAACCCCAGCGUUGUUCUUGCUGCAGUGAAGGUGGUCUUCCUCCACAUGAGGAACCUUACACAAGAGCAGCAAAUACAAUAUCAAAGGAAGAUGGCCCCUCCGUUAGUCACACUCGUCGCCUCAGCCCCUGAAGUUCAGUAUGUCGCAUUAAGGAACAUCGACCUCCUCCUGCAAGCAAAGCCCGAUAUUUUAAGCAAGGAACUCCGCGUUUUCUUCUGCAAAUACAAUGACCCCCCAUACGUCAAACUACAGAAACUUGAAAUUAUGGUACGGAUAGCUAACGACAAGAACGUCGAUCAACUUUUGGCGGAGCUGAAAGAAUAUGGAGCUGAGGUGGAUAUGGACUUUGUCAGACGCGCUGUUAAGGCCAUUGGACAGGUUGCUAUUAAAAUCGAGAGUGCCAGUGAGAAGUGCGUGAAUACGCUAUUGGAUCUUAUCGCUACCAAGGUUAAUUACGUCGUCCAAGAAGCUAUUGUUGUCAUCAAGGAUAUCUUCAGGAAAUACCCAGGGUAUGAGGGCAUUAUUCCGACACUAUGCAAAUACAUCGACGAGUUGGACGAGCCUGAAGCCCGUGGCGCUCUUAUAUGGAUUGUUGGAGAGUAUGCGGAAAAGAUCAGCAAUGCAGACGAGAUCCUAUCUGGUUUCGUUGAAGGCUUCAUGGACGAGAAUACCCAGACACAACUCCAAAUCCUCACAGCUGUCGUUAAGCUCUUCCUCAAGAAGCCGGACAACAAUCAAACACUUGUGCAGCAAGUUUUGCAGCAAGCUACUGCCGAAAACGACAACCCUGAUAUCCGCGACCGUGCCUACGUCUACUGGCGUCUCCUUUCCGGCGACCUCGACGCUGCCAAAUCUGUUAUCCUCUCCGACAAGCCCGCAAUCACCACAACGAUGACCUCACUGCCACCUUCGCUCCUCGAGUCGCUCCUAACCGAGCUAUCUACUCUCGCGUCCGUAUACCACAAGCCGCCGGAGACCUUUGUUGGCCAGGGUCGCUUCGGUGCCGAUGCCAUCCAGCACGCUGCCAUCCAGGAGCAGAUGCAGAAUGCGCGCGAGAACCCGAUCGCUGCCUCCGUCGCAACUACCGCCGGGACAUCCCAGAACAAUGCGGAGAACCUCCUGGACAUCGACUUCGAUGGCGCAGCACCAGCAUCAUCGGAGGCACCUCCACUUGGUGGCGCUUCAGGUCUAGAGGGUCUAGCUGGCACGCCCCAACGGGUUGCAAGCCCAGACGCCGGUGCGCCGCAGACAAGCAGUAUGAAUGACAUGAUGGGCUUGUUUGACGCACCAGCGCCAUCUCAACCAGGUGGUAACGAUUUGAUGAAUGGGUUCGCGGGGAUGGAUCUUGGCGGAUCAUCCCAGCCACCGCCACCGCAAACGCAGUUGCAGGGCCAGAAUGGAAAGAAGACGAAUGAUGAUCUGUUGGGCAUGUUCUAAUCUAACCCGGCGCACAUUAGUGGCGGGGUAGGUAUUAAGGCGAAGCAAUAGUCCAGUAUCGUAGAAAUGAAAUAAAAAAGCGAUUUGAAAUC